GAGCAGCGCGCCAUUGUCAAGCACGACUGCAAUCAUCGGAACAUGAGGCAGAAUGUCUCCAGGUACGCCAAGAGCUUCGCCAAGUCGGGAUUGAUUCCAGGAGUCGGGGGCAGCCCCUGGUUCCAGUGGUCAGCGGACGACAGGCAGGAACGAUCCCUGCCACUUCGAGCGUUCACUUGGGGGCAUCGCACAGACGCAGCAUACCUCGCUUUCGUGAAGUAUUCCAAAUCGGAGGCCGUCCAGGACUUGCUGCGGACUGGUCUCGAGGACGUGGAUGAAUACCACGAGCGGAUGCCUGACGUGGCGAUCCAUUUCCUCAAGAACGAGCACAAUGAGCACCACAAUGGCACUGGAGUUACCUUCAAGGACAUGCUGGACCAGGCCGCGGCGAUGAUCUCAGAGUGGCACGACGCCAAGGACAGCCUCGGCGUCAGUUCCAGGAAUUCGGACUACCAGAAGCAGUGGUACGACUGGAUCACCAAGCACGACACGUACAAGUUCGUGUACGCAUCGCCCCAGGAGUUCACGGACUCAAAGGAGAUCUGGAGUGCGCUCAAGAGUUUUGACCUCUGGGGCGAUCUCGAGCCAUGGCUCGGAGAGGUCGUCGACUUCAUGAACCCGACUCUCGUCCACAAGAACGUCAUUGCAGUGUGGAAGUCGAUCACCUACAUGCUCAUACACCACUUCAAGAAUAAUGUCCCGACAGAGUGGAUCCGCCUCGCCAUCAAGAUUGCCCUCGCGUGGACAGUGCCGAAGGCGAAGGACGACGAUGAUGACGUCGCUACCGCCGCCGUCGACGAUGACGCCGCGCUGUGGAUUCUCAAGACGAGCGCUGAGACCGAGGCGAAGAUCAAGUGGCUGUUGACCCCCGUCGCGAACACGAAGGCUUUCGCCAAGGCGCAGGCCACAGCUCACAAGGAUGCCGCCAGGUUCGAGAGUGCCAUGAAGAAGUGGGAGGAGGAGGAGGUCAGGCGCAAGGAGAAGGAGCAGGAGGCCGAGGAGAUCGGGGACCCGAAGAAGAGGAGGGCAGCGCUGGCCAAAAUCGCUGCGAAGGCAAAGGCCAGGCCCGCGAGGCCACCAGCAUCGACUUGGAAAGAGACGGUGUUCCACCAUCAGAAAAAGGGAGAGCGGCCUUGCAGUAUCUUCGAGGACCAUUGCUACCGGAUCGAUGACACCCUGGCUCACGGAGGUGGGCCUUCUUUGCCACAGGCGCACGUUUCGAUGGUGAAAGAGCUGACCCUCAGGCAGUUCAUGUCGUUUGUUUGGCUGAAGCGCACCACGUACAGAGGGGUGGACUACGAGACAUUCAGCAAGCUCAGGCCCGAGUUGACCGCCAUCGUGACGAGGGCGACCCAGCUGAUGCCGAACGUCGGCCCUGCUGCCGCCGCAUCGUCCUCGUCAACGGGGCCGAUGUUGACUCCGGCUGAGUUCUCGAAGAAGCUGAUGGCUGCCGUUCACCCCCAGCAGCAUGGGGCCGGUGAAGCCGCGGGCGAAGCCCCGCCGGGCGAGGAGGAGAUGGGCGACCGUGACGAGGCCACCACCAGUGCGCCGACAGGCGUUGCGGCCGAGUCUGGAGACCCCCUCGCCGUCUUGCUGAAGUCGGAGCAUCGCGUUGGAUGCCUCAAGGAGAUCAAGAUCUUUAUCGAAGCAAACCUUGUGCCGAAGAUCCCGAUGACCAUGCACAUGCCCUUCGCGACGCUCGGCCAAGCGGUGCUUUCGCAGGUGCGCGAUCGCCAACGAGCUGGCGGCGCGGUGAGUCAGGAUUUCCUGGUUGGCGCCCUUGCUGAUGGUCUGGCAACUGCCCUGCCCUUCGAGAACUUCGCUACCCUGGCAGAGGUGGGUGCGAUCUUCGACUCGAUCGGCAAGAUGCCCCAGGCCAUCGUGGACCUCUCUGGGGACUCGGCGGAGCUGGCCGAGUACACAGCGCUGCGGGUCAAGUAUGUCCUCGAGGUUGCCAGGACGUUCCACGCGAGUUUCGGCGCCAGCUGGUGCAUGGAGCUCGCAGACUGGGCGGGCGGCUCCCAGGGCGCGAUGGACCUCUUGAUCGCGACUGAAGUGCUUGCGCCGACCAGGACGCACUGGAAGGCCCUAUGGACUGACAUGCUCCAGCGCGCAUACAUCACCAACGAGAAGCGCUGGAACUUCAAGGUCGCCGCCGACGCCGCGGGGAGCGCCCUCCUGAGGCAGCUGCAGGCGUCCAAGGGAGAGGCCGCCAAGAAGGCCGCCGGCGUCAAGCAGGAGCAUUCGGACUCGCACCCGGCAGCGGCGCAGCAGCUUGCCCUGGCGGUCCAGGACCAGACGCCGGCCGCGGCAGCCGCCGUGCCUGUGGGCGAGGAUCAGCAGGGAUCCGGGAAUGCCGAAGAGGGGAGCUGA